AUGUCUGAGCAAAUGGCUCCAGCUGCUGCUCAAGUGGCGCAAGCACUGGGAAAGGAGAAGUUGAAGGUUGUGCUCUAUACUAUCCCAAUGAUGGGUCAUGUCCUGCCAAUGGUAAGCAUUGGGCGCGCCUUGUCGCAACGUGGCCAUCAGGUGAUCUUUGCUGUCUCUGAAGGCCUCGGCAAGGUGGACGACUUGUGCAAGAUGGCAGGAAUGAGAUAUGUUGGCCUGUCAGAUGGUAUAACAGCUGAGUAUUUGAAGACGCAAGAUCCACUUGGACCUGUCUUUGAGGACUUUCUGGAAGUCGAUCAGGCUCCAGUCAACGCCCUUGUGGAAAAGGAGAGCCCGGAUGUUAUCGUUUCUGACUACGCGAGUGGUGCGCCCUUCGAAAUCUGCAAGGAGAAGAACAUUCCACUGGUGCUGAACUAUCCCUUGCCUGGAACUCUGGCUAAAAGGAUGAGACUGCUGAUCAACGUCCCUCUCAUAGGGAGAGUUGUACCUUACGUCUUGGGUAACGGUAUGAAAAAUGGGAUCAUCUUCAUCAACCAUCGCGUCAUGCCAGUCUCCAAUCGGACGCUGAGCAUCGUGAACAGCUCACCAGCCUUGGAUGGGCCGAUCCAAUUUCCAUCCAACUACUUCCUCUCAGGACCUUUGGAUGGAUUCGAGAAAAGGGAACUGUGUCCAGAAAAACACGCGGAUUUGUUGACCUUCUUGGAAAAAGCACGAAGCGCGCAGAAGCCGGUGGCAUACAUCACCACAGGAAGCUUGCUGCAACUAAGCCAAGAGCAGGUCAUUGCGCUGUAUGAAGGCUUUGCUGCCUGUGAUAUGUGGGUGGUAUGGUCUCUGAAGAAGGAGAAGCAACAGCUGCUUCCAGAGGAUUUGCCCGAGCGUUUCUAUGUGAACGCAUGGAUUCCACAGGCUGAACUGGUACAGCGCCCUGAGUUGUUGUGUGUUCUGACGCACUGCGGCUGGGGUGGCACAUUGGAAUGCAUGUUGGCCGGCAAAGCGGUGAUCUGCUAUGCAGGCUUCGGGGACCAGUUUGAAAAUGCCAAACUGAUGAAUGCCCGUGGCUGCGGGCCAAUUGUGUCGGACCCACCCGGAAGUACCGCCAAGGACAUCCAAGCAGCGGUGGAGGAUGUGCUGGAGAACCAGGAAAGCUAUUCUGCGAGCGCCCGGAAAGUGUCUCAAGACCUGCAUGCGUCGCCGGGGCCCACUGCGGUGGCCGAACGCAUUGAAGACGUCGUGAAGAAUGGCAUGGGUGACAUGGUGCCCAAGCCGUACCACCUCCAUGGACCGGAAGGCUGUCAGAUCCAGUGA